AUGGUAAAACAAUAUCGACAAGCUCCCUCAUUUGAGACCGUUCAACCGUUAUCGUGGAUUCAUCGUUUAAUAAAUCGUCGAUCAUUUAAAGUUACACAACUAAUUAUUGUUUGUCUUUUAAAUAUUGUGGAUAUUAUUGUCGAUUGGUCUUUCUAUAUUGGCAAAUCCUCUGUUUUACCCGGUCUCGUCUUUGGCCCUCCAACAAAACAAGUUUUAUUAUCCAUAUUUGUGUUUUGUGUGGUAGCAACAGCAACUAGUUUACUCGAAAUUAUUCAAAAUUUGUAUGAUGUUUGUCGAAAAAAACCAUCGUCUUUAUUACAACAAUUAACAAAUUUGUUUACUUUAUGGCUUGAAGAUAUUCCAUUGUUAACAUUAAAUCUUAUUGUUGUUCUAUGCCGAGAUGGGGAAGUAACAUAUGUCUCAUUAGUCAAAGCAAUCUUUGGUAUUUGUACGGCUGUCAUUCGAUUUAUAUUUAUAUUAAUUAAUAAAUGGUUAAUUCGUAAUGAUUAUCAGAAAAAAGAUUGUUUAUCAAGAUUUUUUAAUACCGUUUCAACGAUUGGUGUUAUAUUUGUAUUUAGUUUAUCUGUUAUAAUUAAUAUUUUAGCUUAUUUACCGACUGAUGCUAAUGGUAAUCUUUUAUUACAAAAUCCAAAAGAUUUUCAUCUUGCCAAAUAUAGUCAAAAAAAAUAUUUUGAGAAUGUUGGCGUCUUUUUAUCUAUAUCGAAUGAUAGUAGUUCAAAUAUAUUUUUAACUCAUAUUAGUACAAUCAUUGAACAACGAAAAAUGAUCUAUGAAUAUUCUACAAAUGAACAACAAACUAUAUUUUGUCUAAAUAAACAUGCAUGUUUCGAUUUUACAAAGCCCGAACAAAUUAAAAUAAUGAAUGAAACAAUGUUACCAGUGUCAUUGAAAUGGACAUUUGCUUAUCAGAUUCCAAAUUUUGAUUUUAUUUUAGGUGAUAUUAAAUAUAAUAUAAAACAAUGUAAAACAUCAUCUGCAAUAUUCGAUAUUGAAAAUAAUAUACAUUUUAAUUAUUAUCGUAUGAAAAAGUCAGCUGAUAUGAAUACAACACUUAUUCAUGUAAAUAAUGAUAAUUAUCGAUUUUAUAAUGAAAAUGAUUUUGAAAAAAUAGAGCAUUUAUGGAGAACAGGAGUAUCGCGAUGUUCAUCAACAAGUAGCUAUGGACCACAUCAAAAUGUCUUAUUACAAGUAAAAGAUUACGAUUUAAAAGAAAAAACGAAUGAAGAAACAGUAAAGUUUUAUGAAUCAAUUGAUGAAAACAGAAAAAUUCACUAUAUUAACGAAUGUAUAUAUAAGAAGGAAACCAUGGGUGAAGUAGCCAUCGAUCCCGAAACAUUAUUAGAAUGGUUGAAAGCAGAUGGUGGAAUCGAACGUGAUAUACAAAUAGCUGCUUUAGAACAACUAUGCAUGGUUUUAUUAAUAUCCGAUAAUAUUGAUAGAUGUUUUGAACAGUAUCAACCCCGUCUUUAUUUGCCAGCAUUAUGUGAUAUUUUUAAUGAUCCUUUAGCGCCUACAAAUGUCUUAGAAGUCACAGCUCGUGCAUUGACCUAUUUUCUGGAUGUAUCUGUUGAUUGUGCAAAAAAAAUAACACAACAUCAGAAUGGUUCAUCAAUUCGUGCCAUGUGUCAUUGUUUACAAGUUGUCGAUAUAGAUGACCGUACAAAUAAAGAUCUCGCUGAACAAUGUAUCAAAGUUCUCGAACGUAUAUGUUCACGUGAAGCAUCAAGCAUUUAUGAAGUAGAUGGUCUACAUUGUGUACUAGAUUUUAUUAAUAACUGGUAUUAUGUAAUACAUAAAGAUACUUUGCAAUCAGCUUUGAAUGUUGUUGUCAAAUUAAUUGGACGAAUUGAUCCUCAAAAUUGUCAAACAUUAGAUCAAACAAUUGAAUCGCUAUCGAAUUUAUUACUGCACGAUGAUACAUUUGUUUCUGAUAAUGCUUUGAGAUGUUUUGCUACAUUAGCUGAUCGAUUUGCACGGAAAAAUGUAGACCCUGCUCCAUUGAUUCGAUACAGUUUAAAAGAUGUUCUAUUACGAUCAUUACAUUAUGUAUCGAAAUCAGCACAAAUACCACCACUGUUACCAUCCGUACAUUCGACACAUCAAGAUUCUACAAUUCCUUCUAAUACAUCAACAGCAGCACCUACUCCUUUUACUUCCACUACUCGUGGAAUAUCAACAAAUAUAUCUGUCGUUACUGGCCUCUUGUCAACAUUAUGUCGUGGCUCAGCUAAAGUCACUUCAGAUUUACUUCGCUCUGAUUUACCAGAUGCUUUGGAUUCAGCUUUAAGUGAUGGUGACGAACGUUGUAUCUUAGACACGAUGAGAUUUCUUGAUUUAUUAAUUGUUCUACUAUUUGAGGGACGACACGCUUUACCUCGUACAGCAAUGGGUGCAAAAACUUUACCCCCACCAACGAGUUCAAGUACAAUACCUGUAACUACAGGUACAAGUGUUCCAGCACCGACUAUCACAUCAGCACCUAUCUCGCCUACGCCAUCAGAUCGUACACAACAACAGAUAAUUGAAUAUAUACGUGCACGUGAUACACAAGCACUAAUUAAUCAUAUUGAGCAAACAGAUUUAGAUGUCAAUUAUUGUGAUAACGUUGGUCAGACCAUGUUAAAUUGGUGUUCAGCAUUUGGUACUAAAGAAAUGAUUGAAUAUUUAUGUGCUAAGGGCGCAGAUGUAAACCGUGGUCAAAGAUCAUCUUCUCUUCAUUAUGCAGCCUGUUUUGGAAGACCGUCGAUUGUUCGACUAUUAUUGAAAUAUGGUGGAAAUUCCGAUUUACGAGACGAAGAUGGACGAACAGCUUUGGAUAAAGCGCGAGAACGAACAGACGAAGGACAUCACGAAGUUGUAGAAAUUUUACAGUCAGCUCACGAAUGGAUGGAGACCACCAAUCGUUCAACAACAUCAAAUGAUACGAGUAAUCAACCAACAUCAUCAGAAACUAUAACAACAGUGAAACCAAUAUCAGAACAGAAAAACGAAAUUGAAAAAUUGGAUUUAAAUCAAUCAGUUUCAUCUGUGUUAACAACAGUAAAUGGUGGUGAUAUUGAUAUGCAACCACUUUAUUUGAAACGUUUAUUAUCGAUAUUUUGUCAAUUAUAUCAAAAUACAAUGUUAUUAACAAUUAAACGAAGUACCCUUCGUCUAAUGUCAAAAUUGUUACAUUAUGCCACAACAGAACAAAUCGAAGAACAUUUAAUGACGAAUACAAAUAAUGAUGAGAUGACAUCAAUUCUAACAAUAUUACUCGAACUAUUAAGUUCAAUAUUGGAUAAUACCGAUGAUGAUGAUGAUACAGCAAAUCUCGUCUUAGUUAUUAUCAAAGAUUUAUUAACAAAAGAUAAACAUUUGUUUUUGGAACAAUUUAAUUAUUUAGGUUUAAUAUGGAAGAUAACAAAUUUAGCAUUAUCUCACGAAGUAGCACCGACCGCUGAUAGUACCACCGUCGCUGACCCACAACCGCUCGUAUUUCCAACGCUUACAGCCAGUCUGUUAACAACUGAUUCCAGUGAAAUUGUCUGCCAUCGUCUAUAUAUUUGGAAUGAAUGGAAUUUUUUAAGAAAUCGAGAGUGUUUAUAUAUAUGGAAUAAUUAUUUAGCGAUUGAAUUAUCAUCUGGAAGCAAUGGUUGGUUUCGGUUUUUUAUGAAUAAUUGUUUGUGUACAAUGUAUUCAUCAGGUAGUCCAGAAACAAAUGUGGAUACAAUUGAAAAUAGACAAGAAUUCAUUGAGAAGUUACAACGAAUUAAAAAACAAAUAAGUGAAAAUGCUCUAUUGGCGGGUAGUGAGAAUGGUGAUGAUAAACAACAACAACAACAAACACAGCAACAACAAAACCAAACGCAAAAUACUGUUGUUCAAGUACAAACAAUAUUUACUAAUACUGAUGAUAAAAGUAAUACUGAUCGAACAAUAAAUGUUGGUAACUGGUCAUUUGAUUGUAAUGAAAAGAUAAAAUUAAGAAUACAUAAUAUCGAAGGAGAACAGAUUACUGUGUUAGAAACGAAUCAAAAUGGUUUUAUUUUUGAAUCGAAUCGUGGCACUCGUCAUACUUAUCAUGCUCAUUCUGAAUUAAGUCAAGAGUUUCAGAUACCGUGGUCAACAGCAAAUGAACUACUUUCAGCAGCUACAUCAACAACACUUCCAUCCACACAAUCAGUUACAAAAUCAGUAACAUCACAACCAAAAUCAAAACAAGAACAUAUCAAACAGCGUACAACUGAAUUAGCUUUACAAAUCUACACAGAUUAUUUUAAAACUCUUUCAUCUACAAGCUAUAUGCGUUCAUCAUUAAAUGAAUUAAAACAGAUUGUCAAUGAUAUACAUACAACUUGUGCUGAAGAACAAUCGAAUCAUGAAAAAUUAACUAUUUCAUUUGAAAAAUUAAAAGAUUUAUUGUUGAAUAAAACUACUCUGUCACUUUAUGAAUUAUCAUCAUCCGGUUUAGUUUCAGCCUUACUUAAAAUAUUUCAUGGUCUAAUGAUUAAAACCGAUAUAGAUUUACAAUUCAAACCGACGAUGACCUAUUCACCAGAUAUGAUUAUGGCUUAUGAUAGAGCAAAAUUAUUUUGUCAAAUAUUUUUAAAAGAUCAACCAUCACAAGCAUUUCAUAUUCUAAUUCGCAAAUUAAUAUCUAUAUUAGACUCUGUUGAAAAAUUACCGUUAUAUUUAUAUGAUACACCAUCCAAUUAUGGUUUACAAAUAUUUUCUAAACGUUUUAAAUUUCAAUUAGAAUACAAACAUAGUCAACAACCACAACCAAUGUUUAUUGAUCGAACACAAAAAACAUUGAAAAUUGAACCAUUGGCCACUGUGGAGCAAUUAACAACAUUUCUUGCAUCGAUGGUAUCAAAGCAAUGGUUCGAUUAUCCUCGUUCAAAUCUUGAAUUUGUUAAAAAAUUAAAAUCAGAUGGUCGUCAAACAUUUUCUUAUGUGCAAGAUUUUGAUCAAAAUGGAAUAUUAUAUUGGAUUGGUACGAAUGGUCGAACAGUUUCUGAUUAUUCGAAUCCGUCUACGACUGGUUUAGUAUUAGUAACUUGUUCAGAAACAAAUUGUCAACCACAUCAUGUAGCUGAAUUAAUUGCACAUCAUCAUGCUAAUAACAAUAGUGACUCAGAUGAUGGAUCAGGAGGUGGUGGUGGAAGACCAGUGACUUGGUUAACAGUUGAUCUCGGCUUACACGUUAUACCCACACAUUAUACAUUGAGAUCUUCACGAGGAAAUAUUUAUACAUGGCUACAGUCGAUAAAAACAUUGGCAUUUCAAGUCUCGAAAGAUUCUCUACAAUGGACGACACUUGAUGCUUGCUUAAUAACUGAUGUUUCAUCAUCACCAUCGACGUUAAACACAACAACUUGGGCAAUAUCAAAUGUGAAUAUAAACGAUACAGUUGGUUAUCGAUAUGUGAAAAUACAGCAACAACAACCAAAACAUGCAGUUUCAUUAGCCGGAUUUGAAUUAUAUGGACAUGUAUUGUUAGCUGUUGAAACACAAUUAAAACCUGAAUUAACACGAUCUCGUUCUUGUCGAGAUGAAGAAAAACGACGAACAACUCGUCAUCAACAGCCAGUCUAUCAACAUUCACAGUCGACAUCGGCCGCAGUUAAUCAUAAUCGUAAUGCAAGUAAAAUGCAAUCACAUAUAUUGAGAAAACUAUCUAGUAUGCGUACAACAACAGCGGCUACAAGUACCUCAUCAUCGUCAAAUUCAACUGGUCCAGCAAGUUCCAUUGAACAAAAAUGGUUUGAGCAAAUGAAUGAUUUAUCAAUACCAAUUGAUCUUUCAAAUAUUAUCGGUUCGGAUGAUCCAGAAAAAAUUCGUCUAGCAAUCAAUGAAACUUUGGCACGUUUAGUGGGAGAUCCAGGAGCCAAUGAUAGUAAAAAUAUAUUAAAUUUAUUAUCCCAACGAAAAAGUAUAUCGACGCCUGAUAUCAGCAAUGGUGAACAACAGGCAUUUUCUGUUGCUAGUACUGAACAAGCAUCAAGUGCCGAGAGUUUGCCAAGGUCAUUUGGUGGAAAUAAUAGUGGUCAAAAUAAUAAUAGUAUCAACAAUACUAUGACAAAAGCAUUUACUGAUCAAAUUGCUCGUCAAUAUGAUAUUAUUUUACAGACACCAUUAGAGACAACAAUAGAAGAACCAUCUUCCAUAUGGCUAUCAACAUCCGAAGAUUUUUUAACACCCAUAAGAAAUACCGAUCAAAGCUGGCUCGAUAUGAAUUGCGAUGAAACAUUGACAAAAGAUAAUAGUAAAGAUAAACAAGAAGAAACAGGUUUAAGAUCACCAUCAUCAAAUAUGUCAAGUGAAAAUAAUCAAUAUCGUCUCUUUACCUCAGCACAAACGACUCCACUAACGACCACUACUCAUUCAAGACAAUCGAUUAGCAGUACUACAGAAUCAGUUGAAUCAAUAUGUGCUGUAACUGAAGAAAACAAUAAGAAAAAUAUCGAAUGUCCCGUCAUUCAAUCAACAGAACGUUAUACUUUACUAGAGAAUGAUAUGAAUGCAAGUGUACCGAAUCUAUCAACAUCAUCCAAUGGUGAAAAACCGAAUAUUCUAUUUACUGCUCAAAGUUAUCCAAAUUUAACAUCGGCAGAUCCUACUACAAUUCCGACGACGACAACAACAACCACAACUACUAGCAUCAUACCAACGAAAGACGAGAAUGACAAACAAAAACGAGAGGCUAAAUUAAAUACCGAUGUAUUAAGUUUAAUUGUUGAUAAAAUAAUCGAAAAACAGAUUAAUGAUGAAACAGGUGAUGAAAUGGAAGAGAUGGACGAAGAUGAGCAAGAAGAUGAUGAAGAAAAUGAGGAGCCAACACGAAAGAAAAAACUUAAACAUGACGAACAAAUUUUAAAUGAAAUAUUAAUGGAAGCAGCUGAAACAACGAUUACAGCGUUAGCAACAACUGAAAAAAAUCUUGUCGGCUCAACACCAGCAACCGCCAUUGAAUUAGAUGAAGACAAUGAACAAGAAGAUGAUGAUGAUGAAGAAGAAGAAGAAGAGGAAGGAGAGAAUGAAAAUGAGGAAGAAGAAUACGGAGCAAAUGAAGAAGAGGAAGAUGAAGAAUAUGAUGAACAAUUACAACAACAAUUGCAUGGUCAACAACAGCCAGUAACCAGACGAAAUUGGGAUGAUGAUUUUGUAUUGAAACGACAAUUUUCAGCUUUGUUACCAGCAUUUGAUCCCAGACCCGGUCGAACAAAUAUAAAUCAAAUACAAGAUAUUGAAGUUCCAACAACAAUGACCGUAAAACAAGAUGAUGUGACAAUGAAAAGUGCGUCAGAUACUCUAGCUGCAUCAAAAAUGUGUCUGUAUAUUCGUGGACCAAUGUUGCCCGGUUUGAAAACCGUUGAUAUUGAAAUGAAUGAUCAAAAUUCAACAAUAUUUCGUUACGUACAACAUUUAAUAUGUCCAUUUCCCUCUGUACAACGUCAAGAACGAAUAAAAAAAAUAUUUGAACCAACUUAUACAAUUGUUUAUGGUGAAAAAGAUUCAAAAUUAAAACAAAUGCACUACAUUUCUCUACCAUCAUGUCCAAAUGAUUUUGAACUGGCUGCUGCUGCUGCUAAUACUGCUGCUGCUAAUGCUACUGCUGCUGCUGUUACUGCAGAAACCCUUGGUCUCUCUCAGCCAACAACAACGACGACUAUUACAUCACCAGAUAUGAUGAAUACGUGCUCCAUUGAAGAUAUAUUAACGUUACUAAGACAACUAUAUUAUUUAUCCACACAUUAUAUUCACCGACGAACAUCAUAUGAUGAAGAAAGUGAUCAACAACAUCAACAAAUCUUUUUAUCAAAAAAAAUGAAUAAUAAGUUGUUACAACAAAUCCAAGAUUCAAUUAUCAUUGCAUCAAAUUCAUUACCCACAUGGUGUGAAUGGUUAACACAUUCAUACAAAUUUCUUUAUCCGUAUGAUACAAGACAAUUAUUUUUUCGUACCACUUCAUUUGGAACGUCAAGAUCAAUUGUAUGGUUACAAGAAAGACGAGAUGAGUUGAUUAAAACGGUGCGAAGUGGUGGAAUGGUACGUGGCGGAGGAAGUGUACCAGCAACAGCAACAUCAUCAAGGAAUGGCGGUAGUGGUGAGACUGGUGGCGUAACAACGGCAGCUCAUGAAUAUCGAAUUGGACGAUUAAAAAUUGAUCGAGCAACUCCAGUUGAUCGUGAACAUAUAUUACGUGAUGCCAUGAAUUUAUUUCAUUAUCAUGCCAAAUCAAAAUCAAAAUUAGAAAUACAAUUUUUAAAUGAAGAAGGAACUGGUGAUGGACCAACAUUAGAAUUUUAUGCAUUAAUUUCUGUUGAAUUACAACAACAUCAAUUAGGUCUUUGGUGGUAUCAUGAACAUGAACAUAGAGAACAUGAAUCUGUUUAUGUUCGAAAAUUAGAAGGUUUAUUUCCCGUACCCUAUCCACAAGAUUGUGAACAAUUAAUUCAAGUGUGUAAUUAUUUUUCAUUAAUGGGCAUUUAUUUUGCCAAAUGUUUAUUGGAUAAAUAUUUAAUUGAUAUGCCAUUAUCAUUGGCAUUUUUGAAAAUGUUAUGUACAAAACCAAAAUAUGAUAUGCAAGAAGAUGAAGAGAUAUAUGAUGAUAAUGUAUGGUAUGAUGGUAUAUUGGGAUUGAAUGACUUAAUUCAGAUAGAACCACAUCGUGGACAUUUUUUUAAAUGUUUGUAUAAUAUUGUCGAAAAACGAAAUCAAAUACGAAAUAAUUCGACUAUGAGCGAUGAAGAAAAACAAUGUGAAAUAAAUAAAUUAAAAGUAAAAACGGACGAUGACGAAGAUGGUAGAGUACAUGAGCCAGUUGAUAUUGAACAUUUAUGCUUAACAUUUGUGUAUAGUCCACCAUCAAAAACGUACGGCUACGACGUGAUCGAACUAUUUCCCGGCGGCUCACUCACGGAGGUUACUAUUGACAAUUUAGAUAAAUAUGUGAAUUUGUCGUUACGAUUGAUUCUGAGAGAUGGUAUACGACGACAAAUGGAAGCAUUUCGAGAUGGUUUUGAUCAAGUAUUUUCUGUGAAAAAUUUACGUUGUUUUAAUCCAAGUGAAUUACAAUUAAUUUUAUGUGGAAAUCAACAUCCAUCUUGGACAUUAGAUGAUUUAUUAAACUAUACAGAACCACAACAUGGUUUUACAAGAGAAAGUCCGGGUUUUAUGAAAUUUGUCAAUGUUAUGCUUGAAUUAGAUGGAAAUGAACGUAAAUCAGUUGUUCAAUUUAUAACUGGUUGUUCAUCAUUACCACCUGGUGGUUUAGCUAAUUUACGUCCACGUUUAGCUGUAGCACGAAAAGUCGAUAGUGAUGAUAAUUGCUAUCCGAGUGUGAAUACGUGCUAUCAUUAUUUAAAAUUACCAGAUUACACAACUGAACAAGUAUUAAAAUCACGUUUAAUGACAGCUUGUAAAGAGCGAGGAUUUUAUUUUAAUUAA